AUGCCAGGGCUUAGAGAGAUUUCCACAAAAUUUGGUGGCACAGCUUCUGAUCUAGAGUAUGCCUCGAGGACUGUUGUUAGUAACCAUCCAAGCAAUCCUACAAUCAAGAUGCAAUUGGUAGGUUAUAGUUCCAAUGUUGACAGAAGUACGAAACAAAAACAACAGCCAGAUGACAUUCUGGAGGAACAACCAGAUGGUGAAUACGACAAGAGAUUGGAGAGAUCAGCUGAUCAAAGGAUUUCAACGUCACUUGAGUCUAAUUCGCGGUUGGAUGUUCCAGAAAUUACACCAACACUUGUGCAGAUUACAGCCGGCGGUGAUGAUGUGCGGGAGCACAUGUUUGACAAGGUGGUGACAGCAAGUGACGUGGGGAUGCUGAAUCGGCUGGUGGUGCCCAAGCAGUUUUUCGCUGAGAAGUACUUCCCACUGGAUGUGGCGGCGAACGAGAAGGGACUCCUGCUCAAUUUUGAGGACCGUGGGGGCAACCUCUGGAACUUCCGCUAUUCCUACUCCAACAACAGCCAGAGCUACAUCAUGACCAUGGGGUGGAGCGCCUUCGUCCACGACCACCACCUCGCCACAGGCGACAUGGUCUCCUUCUACCGUGCCGGCACACGCCUCUUCAUCGACUGCCGGGUGCGCGGCCAGAUUUUAGCGCCCGUGACACAAGCCGUCAUGCCGGCAUCGGCGUCACCAGCCCUCAAGUAG